GCGGCUUCCUUACGGCUCAGUCCGCGGCGUGCCUCCGAGCGCUUCGUAUCGUACAUACUGUUUUCAAAUACAACCGCUCAUAUUUACAAACUUUUCAAACCACACCGCCGUUCAUUCUCGCCCUACCGGAUCCGAACUUGACCUGUGAAUGUUUGUUGGAACUGUCAGUGUUGUGCUUCAUCGAUAUUCUAAUGUAUGAUUUCAGGGCGCUAUUUAGUUGUCCUAUGUAUGUGCUGGCUGGAUAUUUGUAUCUUGAUGCUUAGUAAAUAUUAAAAUGUAAGUGGGCGUAUUCAAAAGUUUAAUAAUCGAUCGGGAGACGUGCGUGGGAUUCCGUUUACGUAAUCUUUGUUUACCUUGGGGAUAUGCACCGUAUCAGUUUGCUGUGAUACAUGUUAAUUCAACGUCAUUGACAUCUCUUUCAUUCAAGCCGCCGAUAGUGUAUGGAUUCCACUACAUUUUGAGCAACGAAUGUUUCAAAGAUAUUUGGAAUGACCAGCACUAAUUCAGCAUACCUACUUCCGGGCCAGUCGUCCAGGGCGUGGACGUGAAAUGGCACGAGCGGGCAUGCUGCACAGGGGAAAAAAUGGAGCUGACGGGUGCGAUGACGUUCAGCGUUCUCUGGAGCUCCUGGACCAGGUGUUAAGUGAAUACGACGAGGGUGAACCGCGAUCGUUGGAGGCGCGUGCGACGCCCGCCACACCAGCGACGCCCGCCACACCAGCCACGCCCGCCACUCCAGCCACAGACGACGACUCGCCGCUCGCCGGUCACACCUCCGAGGACGAUGGAUACAUGAGCAUGAACGGCAGACGAGCGAAAUUCGCGCUGGGCUUCCGACCAACUGAGGAGCGUGAGGAGGGAUCGCCUCCGGACCCUCCAUCACCACACUCCCCACCACCGCCUGAAGAAGCUCAAAGAAUUAUAUCAACCCUUUUACCUAAGGUGUCCCCCACAAAUUCUGCAAAACAUACAAACCUAUUCAGCCAUUCCGAAGCUGAAGAGAAAUUGGACUCUAUUAUUAGCGUCAACGGAAUUACAACUGCAACACAGACGACUUUUCCAAAGACAAGGCACCAGCGUCCAUAUGGAUGGGACAAAGAAGUAGAAGCGAAUGGAUUUCAGCUGCAGCAGGCUCCGGUUCCUCCUUACAAAUUUUCAUCGUUACAGCAUGGAUCCAGGCCGCCGCAAACUGAGAUUGCUCCCACGUGGCUACCUCCGCGCCACUCAGCCCCACCGAGCAAUCAAAAAAAGUCACCUAGUGUUGAGAACCCGCCUGUAUUUCCUUUUAUGGGGUUCUCCAGUGAUUUCACUGACAAACCGUAUAACGAGCAUCCCGUGACCAUUUAUCCUGGACCAAAUAUUCAAUACAGUCGUCAGUCACACUCACCAACUUACAAAAUAUCUCCUUCAAAUUCCAAGAGUAUUGAGAAAAAGAACAGUAUGAAACGAGACAGUAGGUCUGAUGGGGAAAUUCUUUCACCAAAAUGUAAAAUACCUCCCCGGACUCUUGCCAGCUCUAUGGAAAGACAUAGAGAGGUGUGUAGAGAUUCGACGGAGGAUAUAAUGGAGAGUUGCAAAAUGCGAGGAGCAAAUAGAAGCAAUGACGAAGAUCAUUUUUCCGACGAUUCACUCGAAGAGUCCUUUCCGCCGCCUCCCCCCGCAGUUAGCACGCCUUCGAAACGCAAUUCCAUAGCUUGGGAAGUGUCUCUCGAUGGUGACGAUCCUCUUUUGACUCCCGGUAGCACUAAGGUUAUAGGAAGAAGACGAAAGAAAUCUGGCGAUCAAUCGCAUUCCAGUACGAGUUCUAUUCCUCAAAGGAUUGAUGAUGACUGGGGUGAGGAAUAUUGGCCCCCGCCCCCUCCGUUGUCACAGUGUGAACCGAUAGUUUCACCAAUAUCAGACGCGGAACCAGAACUUCGAAGGCCCCAGGACUUAUCAACAGGGACAUAUGUCAUUCGAAAGGGGAAAAAUAGAAAACAAUUACCAACCUUCAAUAAAAAUACAAGCAACAAACCACAAUCGAAUACAAAUAAUCUAUCACAGAGUCAUAGUUUGAAUAGAAGCAUUGAAAAAUCAAUAGACGGUUCUAGUAUUUCAAUAAGCGGGUCAGGCUCUGUAGGUUCUUAUAACUCUAGGCCCAGUUCAGAUCUGAGUCUACCUCAAUCCCGAUACAGCGCGGACCUUAACUCAAGACUAAGCCGUGAACUCAACACGCCCAACUCUAGAUAUAGCAUUGAUCUUUGUACACCGAAUUCUAGAUUAAGUAAGGAGAUUACUUCACCGAAGUCAAGAUUAAGUUUAGAUCUCAAUAAUGGUCAAGAUAGAUAUAUAAAUCCAGAAUAUUUUGGUCAUAGUCCUAAAAGUAGGCAAGUAAAUAGUGAUAAAAAUGUCGUCGGCUCUAAAACUAACAGUGGCCAAAGCAAAUUAUCUCCUCAAAAUAGAUUUACUGAUUUUAAAAAAUAUUCAUCUACUUUCGAUAACAUUCAAUCCCUAAUUAAAGAAGGUAAAGUGGAAGAGGCACCACAAAAUGAUUGCAAUGAAACUGUCAGUGAGCUUUCUGUUGUCCCUCCGACUAUGGUACGUGUCAUAUCACUGCCGAGUCUAGGAGCUGAGGCAGACAGCAAUAGUGCUAGUCGUCAAGCCCUUAUCACGACAGUAGAGGAAGAGGAUGAUCAAGAAAGUGGUGAAAUCGAUUCUAAUGAAGAUACCUCACCUUUAAGAAAAAUUGAAAAUAACAUAAGUGCUAUAUUGAACCAAGGACGGGACCAAAAACAUUUUACCCCAUAUACACCUAAAGACUGGAAUAUACAUAAGGAUGAGUACUGUGAUGAAAUAUCUAAGGAUAUUUUAGAGAACAAUUACCGUUAUAGCUCUAGGGAAAGACAAAAAAGACACGAUAUCCAGAAAUCAUCGAGUCAUAACGAAAUCCAAAAUCAGCGAUCAAUUGAUCGACGCGAUCGUUCUUCUGGGAGGAGAUCAAAUAGUAUGCAUAAGUCGACUAGUGCUAAGGAUGUACCCGUAAGCUUGAUGCGCCAGCCUUCCUCCUCAGAUUCUGCUGUAUCAAGUGGAGGUGAUUUUCCUCUAAAUAUUCAAAUAGUGGAACAUCCCUAUAGGCACAAUCAAUUACCUCCAUCGCCUAGUACAGGUCAUGAGAUGGGACCGCUACCUCAGACACCGGAAUCCCCAAAAUUCCCACCAUUACCACCUUCACCCGUUCAAGAAGUUGAAGAUGAAUACACAGAGAUAAUGCAGCCUACGGGAAGACGCCACAUUAAAAAAGCCGAUACGUUGCCAACACCAACUAUGGAAUCAAGGAGACGGCCAUCAGAACCUCCCGCGGUGCCGCCUCAUCGCGAUACAACAAACAGCCUUAAAACGAGAUCAAUGGAAAACAACUUCAACAAGAAUAGAAGAAAUAGUAAUUUCAAAAGUGGCUCAACAGACAGACGUACUUUGCCAACAGACACUGGAACCAGCGGCGCUCGCCGUCGUACGCUGCAGCGUCAGAAUCGCGAAUCCGGUUACAAUGUUCGUGGACAGCUUCAGACAUCCGCCAGCCUGCCCGAGACACCUGUGUUCGCUCGUGGCUGUGAUGUCCCAAGAACUCCGCCAAGAAAUACUGGCCCGCCCCGACAUAACACCAUCAACUCGAUGCAAACUAUAGGAAGCAGCGCUACCCUAGGCGGUUAUGGGCGUGGAUCUGUAAUGGGGGCUUCGGGAGUGUGCACCGGCGCUGACCUUCUCCGUCUGGGAGGUCCCCCGCGUGGCUGGUAUCCAAGACAACGGAAUCGGCCUGCAUCUAUCGAGCACCUGGAUAGAAUCUCGACAUCAGCGAAGGUAGCCGCCGACCAUCCGGUGGCAUGGGAGGCGUCUGGUGCUCGCAAGCCUCUCACUCUCCCCCCGAACUUGACGCCUAAGUUCUUCCAAAAAUCUCCGAGGGAAGCGCUGCGGCGGGUCACAAGUCUAUUAAUACGGAAAGGUAACAAUGGGAAGGAGAAAGAGAAUUCUAGAAGCAAGGAAGCCACUUCGCCAGCAGCCCGUUCCGCUAACGGCGAGGAACAUCCUGGGCAGAAACAGAGAAAAGGCUUCUUUAGGAAUCUGUGGAAGAAAUCUCGUCACUACUCCCUCGAGCAUCCGUGACCACAAGAUAAUUUAUACGAUUUGACCUUGAAAUCUCUCCCGUAAUGAGUUCACGGAUACGUUAAUUUGUAAUCGCUUAAUACAAUGUUUUGAUGUAGACUUUACUGACGGCUCAUAAAAUUAAUUGCUAAAACAGUGGUAAAUGUUAAUAACCGUUUAUUGAAAUGUAAGUUGUGAGUGAAUGUGAUUUUGAAAACCUGUUAUUAAUUUCAUUUUGCUUGAAACGAGUGUUGUGUUUUUGAUUAUAAUUAACAUGUAUAGGCAUAUUGUAACAACGCGUUAUAUAUUAUAAGGCGAUGAGCCACUAUUUAAGGACACUGUUUUUCUUUUGCUAUACAGAAAUAGAUAUCUAGAUGUAGAUAACCCAGCUAGUAAGUUGUGUAAAUUUUAUUUCUAAUUGUGUAUUCUAAUCGUCUUGAGUAACCCUGUGUUAUAACAUCGAUAGCCCCAACACAAAAUGUUAGUUCUAACGACAUUUUCUUAAUAGACUUAGGUAUGUAAAAUAUUGUGUGGUAACUUAAAGAACCAAAAUCACUUUAUAGACUACCAGUUUUAACAUUUUAUACCAAUCCUUGUAUUCGAGUGUACUUAAUUCUUAUUAUUGUAGAUUUUGUCAGAAGAGAAAUAAAUUAUGUUCAUUAGCAA